GCUCUUCAGACUCUCUCUCUCCACUCGGGCUGAUUCCACGGGAGCCACAGGACUUAUACAUAUAUAUUUUUCCAUACUUACUUUAAAUGUAAGUUCCAGCCUGUGAGGAAGCUCAGGGAAGAGGAAGAAAAGGCGCAAAACAGCGGCACAGGGACAGUGCGCACAAACAGCUCCGACAUCAGAGAAAGAUCUCCCACUGAGACCUGGACCUCCUCAUCCUCCAGACCUCCUCAUCCUCCAGACCUCCUCAUCUUCAUCCUUCAGACUGGGGAGUGUCUGAAACUCGCCAUGGCUCCACUCGCUCUGUUAUUGAUGCUGAUGUUGGUUUCCACGGCAACAGGGGCCCGUUCAGGCGGCGAGGAGAAUGAACUGGAUUAUGGGUACUGGAACUACAGAGAGGGAGCUGAUCAUGUGAACGUGGCCACAGUCCGCAGUGUGACCCGAGUGUUGGACGCGUGGGGAAAACGCAUUUUCAACGAGAUCAAAACUUUACUCCACUCUCAGCCCAGUGCGCUUCUCCCGGACUACUCCAGGGUGCGCCCUCUGUCUGAGUCUGUCAACGACCUGUUCAGGGAAGUGUCGCUGCUGCAUCGGCGCAUCACGGAGCUCACCCAUCGCUUAGCAACCCUGGAUCCGUUCCUCCGUCACCAUGGUUACCGCGGCGAGGGGGAGGAGGGGGCGGAGGGGGGCGGGGGGGGCUCGCCGGCCCUGACGCGGCCCGGUACGCCCAGGGGCACCCGGGUCCUGCGCAGGAGACGAGUCAAGAUCUUUAACAGCGGAGGAGCCCACGUGUUUGAGCCCGACACGUGAACUUCAGCUCACUGUUCUCCUGCAGAGACGGCAGACCUGAAGCAGACCUGAAGCAGACCUGAAGCAGACCUAAAGCAGACCUGAAGCAGACCUAAACCAGACCUGAAGCAGACCUGAAGCAGACCUGAAGCAGAACUAAAGCUGACAUGAAGCAGACUUAAAGCAGACCUGAAGAAGACCUGAAGCAGACCUAAACCAGACCUGAAGCAGACCUAAACCAGACCUAAAGCAGACCUAAAGCAGACCUGAAGCAGACCUAAACCAGACCUAAAGCAGACCUAAAGCUGACCCGAAGCAGACCUAAAGCUGACCCGAAGCAGACCUAAAGCAGACAUGAAACAGACCUGAAGCAGAACUAAAGCUGACCUAAAGCAGACCUAAACCAGACCUGAAGCAGACCUGAAGCAGACCUGAAGCAGAACUAAAGCUGACCUGAAGCAGACCUAAAACAGACCUAAACCAGACCGAAAGCAGACCUGAAACAGACUUAAAGUAGACAUGAAGAUGACCUGAAGCAGACUUAAAGCUGACCUGAAGCAGACCUAAAACAGACUUAAAGCAGACCUGAAGCAGACUUAAAGCUGACCUGAAGCAGACCUAAAACAGACUUAAAGCAGACCUGAAGCAGACUUAAAGCUGACCUGAAGCAGACCUAAAACAGACCUGAAGCUUAUUUCCAUGUGCUAAUAAACG